AUGGCAUUUCUUGGAGAGGCUGCUGCAGGAAAAAUUUGUGAGAUGGCCGUGGAGAUGGCCGUUCAAAAAUUAACUGAGGAGGCAAACCUACUACUGGAUUUCAGCGGUGAUUUCUCGUGGUUAAAGAACAAUCUCACAUAUGUAAGGGACUUUCUGCAAGAUGCCGAUCAACAGGCUCCACAUAAGGAGGGUGUAAAGCACUGGGUGGAGAAUAUUCGCGUUAUUUCCUUGCUUGCAGAAGACAUCUGUGAGGAAUGCGCUAUAGAAUCUAUGUAUGGAAAUAAUGCUCGAGCUUGUAGUCCAAGUUGUAAUCAAUUGAUUUUUCGCUAUAAGAUAGGGCGGAAAAUCAAGGACAUCAAGGAGCGCAUGAGAUCUAUUAUUGAAGAUGUCAACAAGCUGAAGCUAUUGCGUGAAGUUUGUCCUACAAGUGAAGCAUCGCCAAGUACAUCUCAUAGUGGAGCCCGCAAGAAAUCUUAUCUUCUGCCCAGUGUACACUCAGUGGGAAUAGAAUCCAAAGUUGAUGACAUGCUCAGAUUGCUGGACAACAAUGCCUCUCCAAUUAUUGCGGUGGUUGGGAUGGGAGGCAUAGGCAAGUCCUAUCUUCUUCAGCAUGUUUACAACAGCGUAAAAGAAAGGUAUGAUAAAUGUAUAUGGCUUUCAUUUUCUCAGUCUUAUUCAAUUUCCACGUUGCAAUGCGACAUAGCUUCCCACUUAGGUUUAGGGCAGCAAAUUAGGAGUCAGGGGAUAUCUCCUGAGAGAGCAGCAGAGUUGAUUCAUGAAAAUCUAAAAGGAAAAAGAUAUCUCGUGGUGUUAGAUGAUGUGUGGGAAACAAGGGAAGAUUUAUUAUCUAAGCUUGGCCUCUUAAUUGGAGACAAUGUGAUUUGCAAAAUUCUGGUUAGCACAAGAAACAGAGAGGUUUGCACAAUUCUGAAUGCUCAUAUUUAUGAGAUGCAAUUUUUGUCAGAGAGUGAGAGUUGGAGUCUAUUUUGUUUCUAUGCAUUUAAAGGAAACGAAGCGCCAAAUCAUCAGCUCGAAGAAGUGGGCCGUGACAUCUUAAAACAAUGUGGGAAUUUGCCGCUUGCUAUCAAAAUGGUAGCUGCAUCUCUGCCAAAGACCACAAUGCCAAGGGAGUGGGAGUCCAAGCUACAUCGGAUUAAAGAGGUAGUCAUUGCCGAUGAUGAUCAGAUCAUGCCCAUUCUCAGACUCAGUUAUUUCUCAUUGCAUGCUCGUCUUAAAGCGUGUUUUGCUUAUCUUUCUUUCUUUCCCAAGGUUGAGCAGAUAAAUUGUGAGUAUCUAGUAUAUCUGUGGAUUGCGGAGGGAUAUAUUCCAGCAGGAGAGGGUCAGUGGGACGUGGCAUGGGAUUGUAUAAAUCAGCUUGCCAAUCUCUGUCUGCUUCAACUAUGGGAACAGUAUGAGGAUAGACCAGGUUGUAAACUAACCAAUUAUUGUAGAACUCACGAUUUGCUGCAUGAUUUGGCCAUUAACAUAUCAAAAGAAAAUAAAUGUAUUUUUUCAGUUGAGGAAGCCUGUAAAGUUGAAAAUGGUGACUGCUGUCGGAUUUUACUGGGUACGAGAGAUGUAAAUGAGCCUCCCAUAUCAGAGAGGCGUCUUGUUUGCCUCCGCACCCUCUCAUUGUCUCACAAUUGGAGGAUUACAAGCAUUCCAGCAAAAUUGUUUACCGCUAUGAGAGGACUGCGUGUUCUCGAUUUGAGCGGGACAGGCAUCUCUAAAUUGCCUCGAAGCCUUGGAAAGAUGAAGCUUUUAAAAGUCUUGAAUUUAAAUGAUACAAAAAUUGAGAAUGUACCAGAGUGUGUGAGACACCUAAAAAGUCUCUUGUUUUUAGCUCUUCCUCAAAGAUGUCAGAUAUUACCAGUAUGGAUAAAUGAAGUUAAAUGUCUCCAGCACUUAGAGUGCAAGGGUGUUACACGCGUGCCAAAAGGAAUAUCGAAGCUGACUGCUUUGAGAACACUCCGAUCAAAUUGGUUGGAUCUUUCUAAUGAAGGCGACGAAUUCAUGAGACCAGAGGACUUUGUGAAGAUCACUCAGCUUCAGGAACUAUCCAUAGAUGUUAACAAGGAAAUGGAUUCAAGGAUAGAAGAAGGGAUACUUGUACUACUGGUAAAGAUGCGUCGUCUGACAAUUUGUAAUAGCACUGAAAAUGAAUUGGAGCUUCCGAAGAAAAUGACAGCAAUGAAAGAUCUGGAAAGUCUUAUACUGUGGAGGUUUGCGGUUGGAAGUUGGAUAUGUGAUAUGGCAAAUCUGAGGGAACUUGAGUUAACGUGGCAUAGUUGUAAUGAUUAUCCAGAGUUGCAAACAAUGCCUAACCUAGUGAGGUUGGAGUUGUCAGGAAAUGAUAAGUGUAAAGAACUGCCAAAGGCUUUUGGUCAGAGAGGAGGGUUUCGCCAUCUGCGCUUCUUCAAAAUUGACUGUUUCAAUGAUUUAGAGGAGAUUCCUGAAUUGGAGGAGGGGGCAAUGUCUUGCCUUGAGGAGUUCCAUUUAUGUAAUUGUACGAAAGUGAAAAAAGUUGGAGAGGGUUUCGAGCGGUUGAAAAGAUUCAAGCUCUUCUAUUACAAAAGGACGGAUAAGUUAGAGGAGAUAUUCAGAGCAGGUGGAGAAUAUUGGAAUAAAAUUAAAGUCAUCAAUCCUCAUGUAAAAAUCACGUCAUAUUAG